CUUUUGCCUGCUCUAAUAGCAACACGCCUUGCGAGCGGCGCUUCGUUUAACGCGGAUCUUGCCGCCAAAACCUCAAGGGCCGUUUGGCCCCGCGUAGGCGUGUUUGCGGCUCAGCGUGUGGCCCUGAGUCUUGCAGCUGCUGCACCACAGCACAGCGCAGCAGCGGGCAGCAAGCGGGUCACAGCGCAAGGAAGAGCGUGCGAGAGUGCCACGUAGGCCCUGCUUUUCGCCAGCUCUCUUUCUGCUGCUGCCGCGACCGCCAUUCCGCCGAAGCUCCGCGCGUGCUGCUUUAGUUUAGUUGCAACAGCGCAGCUCGCUUAAGACGGCGGUCCUCCGAGGCGGCCUGCUCGGAAUGCUGGACGUCUAUCGCCACCACCACAGCGGGGCCCCUGCCGGAGGCGCGGGGCCGCACCGCGGCGCUGCGGGGCCCAGCCACGGCCACGGCCACCACGGCGGCUCGCAACUCGCACAAUACCUGACCCACGCCGGCGGCGGCCUUGUGCCGCACCGCGGCAGCCGCGGCGGAGCCGGCGGCGGCGGCAGCGGCUUUAUUGGCGGCUUGGUAGGCGACUGGACUGAGGCGCUCAUGCCGCGGCACGGCGGCGGCGGCGGUGGGUCGCUCCUGCCGGCCGGCGCCGUGGGCGCGCUGCUGGGCGGCGGCGGCAUGAACAUCUGGGAGCUCAGCCCGGGCAAGCUGCGCACGGCGGCGCUGGCGUUCACGUUCGUGGUGACGGCGGGCUACAUCAGCAUGCUGGCGGCGGGAGGCCUGCUGGCCAUCCUGGUCACGGGCUCCAUCGUCAUCUGCUGCGUGCUGCUCACCGUGCUCACAGCCGCCACCCUCAUCGCGCUCAUCGUCACCGGCGUGCCGCUGGGCUUCGCGGUGUUCCGCCUGGUGUCCUCGGCGCGCGCCGCGGCGGGCGGGCGUGGAGGCGUCAAGGGCAGCAGCGGAGGAGGAGGCGGAGGCGGAGCUGCAGGCGGAGGCGCGCCGGGGAUGUUUGCUGGGCUGUUUGGGGGACGCGGCGGCGGCGGCGGCGGCGGCGCGGGGGAUGAGGGCGACGACGAGGCGACUGAGGCGGGGCCGUUCCCGCACCGCCACCAUUUCGGUGGGGUGGGGGGUGGUGGAGGCGGAGGCGCCGCGGUGGGGCAGCGCGGCGGUUUCACGGCGGGCGGCGCUGCAUGGCGGGGACUGGAGGAGGAGGAGGACGAGGAGUAGACUUAUGCGGCGGCAGGUUCAUGGCGUCGUAGGGUGCGCGCCUGCAGUGCAGCGUUAAAUGGGGGGGUAGGGGGGUGCAUUGCAGCAGCGAACCAGCAGCCGUGGGCCGAGUGUGUGGCAAAGGAGUCAUGCGCUGCCUCAAGCGGGGGUGUGAAUGUACGGUUUGGAAUGAACGAGAUGUUGACUUCAGAGUGCAUGUGGACUUAGAAGAAGCACGUAAGGACAGAAGAAUGGGGGGUCGGCGCGGCGCAGUCUUGUUUAGGUUGGAAGGGCGCGUUUUGUUGGUGAUGGUGGUGUUUUCGACACGCGGUGACUUGCCUAGGCAGCCAGCCGGCGGCUUGGACACGCGGCGGGCCGGCGGCACGUGUGGUGCGGCGGUGCGGUGUGCUGAAUGGUGCGGCUGCAGAGGAGGAGUGCCGACGCCUCACUCGGCGGGGGCAUGCAGCCGUGUGGAGGGGCUGAUGAGGGCUGCAAGUGGUGCGGUUGCACGGACGUCGUGAUGUAGUGGACGACAAGGGAGGUCGUCAGGGCGGUGUGUGCCGUGAUUGCCUGCUGGCUGGCUGCGUGACGAUGCUGGGUAAGUGAUGCUUCCUUGGUGGCCCGCGGCACCGCCGGUGUGAGAAGUGAGAGUCGGUUCCAGUGCAGCGGUGUUAUACAAUGCGUGGCAAAAGGAUUUGCUGGAUUGGCUCGUGUGUGCUGGCGCGCCAAGUUGCCUGAAGGCGGCGGGCUUGAGGGACCAAUUCGUCCGUUGAUGCGGCGGCACAUCACCUCCGGGAUCCAGAGCAGGGUGAUCGUAUUCCACGUCACUGGCUCCACGGCACUGGCUCGUGAACUGCGUCAGCAGGUCCGUCUUGUAACCAAUGCAAUCA